AUGUCUAGAGAAAGAAACAUCACUGUGUUAGAAAAACCUGCACCUCCGCGGGUUCGCACACAGGCACCGAGGUUAGCCGGGUGCGGGCCUCACCUGUCAGCUGGGGAGAUAUACUCGGUAGCCAGAGGACUGAGGACGAGACCCGGGAAUCUCUGGCGCAGGCGCAGGAUUCGGAGAAACCCUUUUCGGGCCAGUUUCCUCCCAGUGCAUUUCUUGGGAUCGCAAUGCCCGAGCUCCCACAUGGCAAGGGGACACGGGAACUUCGCCUGCGGGGCGCACUCCUCGGCGACCCCCUCGCUCUCCAGGCAUGCUGAAAAGAGCAGACGCGCUUAGUGCCCAGCGGCCACCCCGACGCUCCGGCAGGACCCAGGCCAGGGCCCGCCCGGGCCGGGCCAGGCCGCCGCACGCUCCCGCACCUCUCAGCGCGGCCUCCGUUUCCGCCGCGAAUGUCUCGAGGCCGCGAGCACCGCGCCGAGCACCCCUGCACGAGGCAGCGCGCCGGCGGCGCUCCAUGGUCCUGCGGCACGCGUCCUUCCGCUUCCGGCGGAAGUGGCGAUGGCGGCCGUCUGGCUGCUGCUGGCAACUGUCGGCGCGGCGCUGGGUCUUUUGGCCGCGGCAGGGAAGAUGAAGAUCGUAGAGGAGCCGAACACGUUUGGGUUGAAUAACCCGUUCUUGCCUCAAACAAACAGGCUGCAGCCAAAGAUGGCCCCGUCUGCAGUAUCAGGCCCUGCACAUCUCUUCAGGCUCGCUGGCAAGUGUUUCAGUUUUCUGGAAUCCACGUACAAGUAUGAGUUUUGUCCUUUCCAUAAUGUCACCCAGCAUGAGCAGACCUUUCGAUGGAAUGCCUAUAGUGGGAUUUUAGGAAUCUGGCAUGAAUGGGAAAUUGAAAACAACACAUUUGUUGGAAUGUGGAUGAGGGAAGGAGACUCGUGUGAAACUAAGAGCAGACAGACAAAGGUUCAUCUUGUUUGUGGAAAGAGCAAUAAAUUGGCUUAUGUGUCUGAGCCAAGUACUUGUGUUUACUCUCUGACGUUUGAGACUCCUCUUGUGUGCCAUCCCCACUCUCUUUUAGUUUAUCCGACCCUGACUGAAGCCCUGCAAAGAAAGUGGGAUGAAGCAGAGCAGCUUCUGUAUGAUGAAUUAAUAACUGUGCAGGGAUACAGAAAAUUACUGAAAGAGAUUUUUGAAGAAGCAGGAUUUCUAAAAGCAACAGAAGAAAAGGAAGUUGAGAAACAGAAUAAGAAAAUCAGUCUGGAAUUUGAAACAGUGGAGAAGUGCAAUAAGGAAUACAAGCAACUUUCUAAAGAACUGAAAAAACUUCAAGAUUUAUUAAGUCAGCAUGGUAUUGCAUACAAAGGAGAUUCUGCUGAAAAUACAAGCGUUGAACACGUAAGUCACAAACUGGCAACCGCAGCGACAACUUUCACUAACGGGUCAAAGGAUGAUGAGCACCUGCAUGGUGAUACAGGAGUUUGGAGUGACACUGCAUGAAUAGACUUGGGUGGUGAACAGCAAGUUCAGACAGAAUGUGAAGCAAGUUGAACACGUAUGGUGGCACCAAGAUGAUUUAUCUUCAAGCUUUCCGAAUGCCUACCCUAAAGCGGAGGGACCAUAAUGGAUUGAGGACUCCCUGUUACCAAGAAGAGUUUGCUGUUUUCUGAGAACAUUUGUAGAAUGUCGAGGUUGGAUGGGUUUAGAUUUUGUGACUCCAGCUUUAUUUUCUUUAAUCAAGCAUGGUACUUCGUGGUGUAAAUAAAAAAUAAUUCAAGACCAUUAUUGGAA